AAAAGCUCUAUCAAUUAUUAAUAAUUAAAUUUAAUAAAAAUUUGAAAUAUGGUCAUUAAAGCGCGCUUAAUUGAUGAAGUAAAAUCUUUCUUAUUAGAUCUGUCGAUAUUUCUAUGCGAUUCACUAGCUGGGGCCGGCCUGCCGAAAAAUGUCGACAGGGAGAGGAUUGACGUGCAGAAUAAACUUCAAAAACUCACAGAAAAAUUUCCGGAAUUGGCCGCCAUAUCCAAAGAUCAAAAAUCUAGCUCAUCACUGAGCAACAAAAAAUCUGAAGACGAAGAUGACGAAGAGUAUUACGAUGACGUCACGAACAACAACAACAUCGGUAGCAGCAGUAACGACAACUACAGCGGCAGCAUCAACAGCAGCAACAACAGCAACCACACAAACUUUUCUUCUUCAAAUUCUCUGAGCAAUGUAAACCGAGAACAAGGUAAAACUUCGGCGCCCCAAGGCAUAUCUGCAACGAUAAAGGGCUACCUCAUACAAAGAGCUGGUCCAAAACAGAGCAAUUUUUUGUCAAAAAUUUUAAAUACCCGAAAGUAUUGCAUGAUUGGCGAUGGAAAGUUGAACGUAUAUGACUACAUGAAUUCCAAAAAAACAUCCUUGGUAAUUGAUCUUAGAGGCUAUGAAGUAAGAGUAUCGGAGAAACAUGCCAAUAAAAAAGAAUUCUGUUUCGACCUUCAUUCUCCGGGAAAAAAAUCACAUUACUUCACUGCAAAUACUAACGAGGAAAUGACUUCGUGGGUUGACGUUAUUCGCGUUGAGGCAAAAAAAAUUCCUCCAAGCACACACUCCGACGCAAGUGAAUGCAAGGACGAGGUGGAUUACGAUGAAGUUGAGGAACCCUAUGAGGAUACCAGCGAGAUGCUACUGGCAAACACAGAGAUCAGGAAAUCCAAAUCACCUUCCAUAAUUCCUGAUGAUGAUGAUGAGUUAAACCCGCAGGAGUUGUACGACGACAUCAAUCCAGAAAACAACAACAACAAUAAAAAUAACAACAAUAACAAUAGAGAUAGCAAUAAUGACGAAGAUGAUGAUGGAGAGUUAUAUGAUGACAUUGCAGAUUUCAACGAAAACAACAAACAAAGCAUCACUACCCUUCCCAUGAAGAACAUCGACUUCAGGAAAGACAAUCAAGGAGUGCCCAAGAAAAACAACACAGCCUAUAAAAACGACAAUGACGUCACGCCGUUACCAAAAACACCUUUGAAAUCUUCCGCGGGCCCUAUUUUACUCCCGAAAUCUAUAACGACCCCUCCCAUUCUUUCUUUGAAAUCUUCAGCGAACCCGUUGAAAUCUCCCGCGGCCUCUAACAAUUCGCCGGGGGGACCCGCGGCAGUCCCUGAAAAUUCACAGCCAACCAUUGUGGUUUCUUGCAAUGGCUAUCCGCCCUUUGAAAAGAUGUACUUUGGGAAGUUUGCUUGCUCUGGUGAUAGCAAAGAAGAACUUACGUUUAAAUGUGGCGACGUGUUAACGGUACUUAGUCAACAGUUCGACAAUUUCGGAUGGUGGGUGGCUGAGUUGGGCGACCAGGUGGGCCUCGUUCCCAGGGACUAUCUAACACCCGCUUAUGAAUUAAUUGAUGGAUGAUUGUGAUUAAUAUGAUGACGACGACGAUGAUGAUGCCACAGAUCUGAUUGAUUAUAACAUAUACCCAUAGAGUCAACUGAUAUAUAUAUAUAUAUAUAUAUAUAUAUAUAUAUAUACUUGAUUAUUUCACACACAUAGAUACAUACAUAUUGACUUGAGAUUAUGCCAUACAUAUAAACUUAUAAAAGCUCUAUUCUUAGUGUGUCUAUCAAUUAUUAUUAUAAUUAUUAUGAUGAUGAUGAUUAAUGAUGAUGAUAAUGAUGAUGAUGGUGAUUAAAAUGAUGACGACGAUGAUGACGAUUCUUGUUUAUGCAUUUAUUUCAUUAAAAGUU